AUGGAUAGAAAAAAUAGUAGUAGCAAUCCAGAGAUUGCAAGAAUGAUGGAAAAGUUGGAGAGAGGAUUGGAUGUCUAUACACCUCCCAACUAUGAAUCUCAGAUUCAACCCAUCUACCAGAAUCCAUUCGACUCUGAUAGUGAAGACAACGAUGAUUCCAACUCACAAGUCACAGCCAUCGAUAUAAAAGAUAGAUCCAACACUAGUAGUACUACAAUGAAUAAUAGUACUCCCAAUAGGACUAGUAGUCUACCAGAACUAUCUAGUCAAUAUAAAUUAAAUAAUAAUAAUGAAGAUGGUCAUCACAUACAACAAAGUCAAAGUCAAAAUCAAUUAAUUGAUAGUAACAAUAAUAAUAAUAAUGAUAAUAAUAAUAAUAAUAAUAAUAGAAUGGCAACAACAAUGAUGGAUAUUUCAUCAUCAAAUACAUCAUCAUCUUCGUCAACUAAUAGUACAAUUCCUUUGAAUCAAAAAUCACAACCUGUUGUAGUAUCAUCAUCACCAACCUUUAUUUCUUCUACUACCAAUACAAAUACUACUGUCGACAGUAAUAAUAAUAAUAAUAAUAAUCAAGUAGUUGUACAAUCAAAACAUGGAGAAUAUUCACCAAAUUUUCCAGCACUUCCGAUUAGUCUAAGUUCAAAUACAAAUCAAUCGAUAUCCAACAACAAACAAAAUUAUGAUCCAUUACCAUUGGCAUCUUGUUCUUCAGCACCAACAACGUCAUCGACUGCUAAAAUGGCAGAUGGUAAUGGGAUGGAUUUUAUUACGGUGGACAUGUCAACACCGGAUGAACGUCACAAACCACGACACUUUGUACCCGAACCAAUAGCAAUCACAUCCUCUCCUAUUUACCGAUCAAUGCCUGCCAAACACAACAAACGAUUUGGUAAAUCUUCAUCUUCACUCAAUGACAAUAAUAGUUUAAACAACAAUAAUAAUAAUAAUAACAAUAACAAUAAUAAUAUUUCAACACCACAAUCACCAUACAUGUUUUCACCAAGUACGAGUAGUAUGACACAUGCUGCAAAUGCAGCGUCUAGCUCGUACGAUCAGUUGGAAGUAGCCGAUGGUAACAGACGUAAACUCGAUCGCAUGCGACGCAGCUCACUCGCAGGUACUGGUGCACCAAGCUAUCCCAGUCGCAGCUCCAACGGUAUUGGUUACCUCAACUACCCAGCCUUUCUCAACAACAGUAGUCUGUUUCAAGGGAUUAUUCACUUGUCCAAGUAUCCUUGGGCAUUGAUCAAAUUCAUUAUAUCGCCAAACCCCGAUGCGGUAUUUCCAUCCAAGGUGAUCAAGCGUCGUAUGCACUUGCUCAACCUACUCUGUAUAUUCAUGGCCAUUGUCUUUUCACUGGCAAUCAUCUUUCACAGCGACAUUUGGUACAUCAACAUGCCAGGUGUCGUCCUCUGCCUGGCUCUCUAUGUUCUCGGUAAACUAUCCAACCGAUACUUUUUACUAUGUACUCUACUCGUGUGUCUGAUAGUAUCCAUCAACAUUACCAGUCUCAUAGUGUCGGUGGCUGCAGAUCACAGUGAUGUCGGCACUAUUAUAUUUACCUGGGAUAAUCUUGUCCUCAUUGUCAUCUCUAUACUCUUUCCAAAAUUAUUUUGGUGUAUUAUUUUACUCUUCCUUGCUGCCAUUGCUUAUAUUGGUAUGGGUAUUUAUUUAUCAGUUUCUCAUAAAUGGUUUUUAAUUGAAAAUUAUAAUUCAAUUGGACAAUUAUUAACAAGUUUAUUAGUAUGUGCAUUCUUUUUAUUGAUUUAUUCAAUAUUAAAUGCAAUUGAUUUAAAAGAGACUGAAAGAAAAGAAGAAAGAAUACAAAGUCUAUUUAAAAUUAGUAAUGAAGCAUUAGUAUUACAUAAAGGUGGUUAUAUUACAGAUGCAAAUCCUGCCUUUGAAAAUAUGUUUCAAAUUAAAUUAAAAGAUAUUUUAUAUCCUCCAAGUGGAGUUUGGGAAUUUUUACCAUCAUUGGAGAAAUUUGAAGGUAGAGAUAUAAAACUUGGACCUGUUGAAGAGAUGGAAGCUGUUGAUAGUAGUGGAAGAACGUUUGAUGUAGAGGUACGAACCAACAAGGCAAACUAUGCUGGCAAGCCAGUAGAUGUAUUUUCGAUUAUCGAUAUUACAGGAAGAAAGAAAUUGAUUGAAGCAGAUGUAGCAUUGAGAAAGGCAGAGGCUGCAACCGAGGCAAAGGUGGUGUUCCUCACAACGAUUAGUCAUGAAUUGAAAACACCGAUUCAAGGUAUUUAUGGGUUGGUCGAAGUGUUGGAACAAAACAUUCAAGAGGAGAAUGUGGACAUUAACCAAUCACAGGAGCUACUCGAGUUGAUUCGGUCCUCUGCCAACUAUCUGUUCACAUUGGUGGUUGAUAUUCUAGACUAUAGCAAGAUUGAAGCUGGAAAGAUGGAUCUGGUAAUCAAGGAUUUUAGUAUGCUCAAAUUAAUCGAAGAAACAUCCAACAUUAUGUCUAAAAGUGCUGCUCAAAAAGGAUUGGAAUUGGUGUUUUACGUAGACUACAAUAUGCCAAUCUUGUUGGAAGGUGAUGCCAAUAGAAUCCGUCGUAUUCUUCUCAACUUUAUUUCAAACGCCAUCAAGUUUACAGAAGAGGGUCAAAUCAAGAUUUCAGUGUCUGUUAUUGCUACAGAUCUUGUGCAUAGCGAGUAUACGAUCAAGUUUGAUAUUGAAGACUCGGGUAUUGGUAUUAAACCUGAAGACCAGUCCAAGCUAUUCAACGCAUUCACUCAGAUUGACUCGAGCAACUCGCGCAAGUACCAGGGUACCGGCUUGGGUCUAAUCAUCUCAAAGAAGUUGGCGCAAAUGAUGGGUGGAGAUGUUGGAUACCGCUCAAUCUAUGGCAAGGGGUCGACAUUCACAUUCCACGUGUGCAUACAGGCAUCAGAGACCAAACCGACCUUUUCAUUCCAGUCUCUGGGUUCAUCCAUCUGUCUCGGCGAGGAGAUUGUCGGUAUCGAUGGCAAGGGAUCGGGUUUGACGGUCGGCGGGCGUCGCGAGGGCACUAAGAGCAUCAACGUCAUUGCCGUCGACAAGAAUCCGUGGGUACGCAAGCACAUCACGCAUAUCCUCGGCUCGAUGAACAUUGUCUGCCUCGAGUUUGAAGAUGCCCAAGGUCUGACGGACCACCUGGCCAAGACGACGGUUGCCAACUACAGUCUCUACAUCUUUUCGGGUAUUCCUGAGAUCAACAAGGUGACGUUUAAAGACAAGUUGGCCCCUGUCAUCACCGACUACCACUUUAUCUGUAUGACUAUGGAUCCCAAUGCUAGAUACAGUCUCGAUGAGUUUGAAAGUGUCAUUAUGAAGCCGGUGCGAUACAGCGAUCUUGUUAGAAUUGUCUUUGGUAUCACUAAAUCAAAACUUGAUUUCCUUCAAGAGGCAAACACUGCUCGAAGACUAUCGCUGCGUGAAUCACGCUACAAGGAAAACAGCGACUCCUCCACAUCAUGCGACUUUAAAGCUGGAAAUGGAAACGGAAAUGGUAAUAGUAAUGGAAAUACAUUGAGUUCAGUCUCUAAUCACAAUGAUAGUAGUGAUAAUCUACAUGGUAGUAUUCACAAUAUCACCCCUCAAUAUGCCACCCCCAAACCAAGAGAUGGACAUACUCCAAAUGGAAAUAAUCAUACGGCACCCAAGAUUAGUCUCAACUCUAAUAAUCAAGCAAUGGUUGAGAUUGAAGAGACUGAUCCUUUACCAUACUCUCCUUCAACUUCAUUCUCUACCAAUAUUGAAACUGUAUAUAAACGCAUUGAAACCGUUCUAUCACAAUCACCAAAACAAAGAACUCCUACCAACACCUCGACCAACGCGACCAAUACCAAUAAUAAUAAUAAUAAUAAUGUUGCAACUAAAUCUUCACCCUCUACAAUGUCAUUACUUGUUAAACAACCAUCGUCCAUUAAAACACCACCAAAUAGGAAUAUAAUAUCACCAAUCUAUCAUCCUUCGUCAUUAUCACCUUCAUCACAGUCUGUACAGACUCAACAACCACAACCAGUACAUCCACCAUCCCUAGUACAACCUCCAUUGACACAUCCCCAUUCAACAGAGCAAUUGCCACAAGUUCCAAUGCCACUUUUACCGUCAUCGAGAAUGUCACCACUAACCAUAUCAGAUACUCUUCCCAUGACCUCUACAACUUCAACCACUGCUACUGCACCCACCCAGCAUUAUCAUGGUACAUCCUCAUCAACAUCAUCUUCCGUUACACCAUCAACAGGAAGAACAUCCUCUUCUGCAUCGACAUCUACAUCUACUACAACCUCUGCCUCUGCAACUCCCAUUUCACCAAAUAGUGAGCAUAAAGAAAGAGCCAAAAGUUCCUUGAUUGAAAAGACUAUUAGUACCGAAACACCUCCAUCCAUUUCACCAAAAACAACUUCCCAAACUACAGUAGAUAAAUCCAAACAACAUUCUUCUACUAGAUCUAGUAGUAGUAAAGGUAAACCUAAAACUUCAAAUGCCAAGAUCCUUCUUGUUGAAGACAAUGAUGUAAACAAGAGAAUAUUUGAAGGGUUCCUAAAAUCGACAGGUUAUCAAUACAAGAUUGCAGGUAAUGGAUUAGAAGCUGUAAAUGCUGCCAAAACAGAAGCUUUUGAUUUAAUCUUAAUGGAUUGUCAAAUGCCUGUGAUGGAUGGAUUCGAAGCUACCAGUAUUUUAAGAGAUUUGGAGAAACAAAAACAACUUCAAUCGCCACCAUCACAUCGAUAUAAAGAAUUGGUUAUUAUUGCUUUGACUGCAAAUUCUAGCGAAGUGGAUAGGCAAAGAUGUCUAGAAGUGGCUCAACCAAACCAAACUAAUCAUUCAUUAUUUCAUUCAUUAUUCGUAAUCAUUUCAUUUUUGAAACUCAACAACCAACAUCAGAUAAGAAAGUCUCAUCAUCUCAGACAGACACAGAGUCAGUUCAUUAGUUUAGUUUUAGUUAUUCAUUCAUCUCAAUGUCUUAGACCAAAAGAACAACUUUUUACGAUAUUGGUUUUGUUUUAA